AUGUUCAUUGGUGGUCUCAACUGGGAUACAACAGAUGAGUCCCUCAGGAACUACUUUUCGCAAUUUGGUAAAGUAGAUGCGUGUACGAUCAUGCGUGACGCUGCUGGGCGUUCAAGGUGCUUUGCCUUUUUGACGUUCGAAGAGCCUGCCAGCGUCAAUGCU